AUGGAGCUUCAGACUUUCACAUCCAGGGAUCGCACAGAGCUGAAUCCAGACAUUGUGAGGGGCCUUACCGACUUCGAGAGGAAGCUUGCCGAGCACUUUGAGAGAGUUGAGAUUCGUGGUAAAAGAGAGUACCCUUCAGCUCGCAAAAUAUCACUCGAAAAAGGAAGACUGCCUUACCUGCAGGGGAAAGGGCUGGAUGACAUUGAGGUCAAUCCUGAAGAUGAAGUAGAAAUGAGUGACGAUUCCAGCGAAGAAAACGUUGCUGACCUACAUCAAUGCAAAGGCUCAAUAACUGAGACUGCUAGGGACCAGACACUUCUGAGGCACACUCCUGAGUCAACCAGCCUGGACAACAUGGAGGGCACUUCCGAGUCAACCAGCCUGGACAACAUGGAGGGCACUUCCGAGUCAACCAGCCUGGACAACAUGGAGGGCACUUCCGAGUCAACCACCCUGUACAAUAUGGAGGGCACUUCCGAGUCAACCAGCCUGGACAACAUGAAGGGCACUCCUGAAUCAACCACCCUGGACAACAUGGAGGGCACUCCUGAAUCAACCACCUUGGAUGACGUAAACAUGAGUCACAAAAUAGUCACAUUCCAAGCUUCUUCAAAGGGCUCCAAAAGAAAGCAAGGUUAGUCAGCAUUUUGUAUUCAUUACUUUAUUAGAAAAAUGUAUUGAUAACAUAUAUCAUAUAACUACUAACUAGAAUCCUUUGUAUCAUAUCCCCCAUUUGUCACGUUAGCAGAGCCAUUGUUCCAUUGUUAAUCAGUUGUAUUUUGUUUCCAUUUAUGAAAGCUGUGAAGGUGAGAAGCAAGUGGACAGGUGAGGAAGUGAAGGCUGUUGAGCGGCAUUUGCUUAACUUCAUUACAAGCUGCAGAAUACCUGGUAAAAAGGACUGUGACUCCUGCCUCCAGGCAGAGCCAGUAGCUCUGAAAGACCGAGACUGGGUUGCCAUCAAGUACUACGUACACAACAGAAACGUAGCAUUAAAAAGGAAGAUGACUAGGUAGAUCCAUUCCAAUUGAUCUUGGUUUUUGCUUGUAUUUUUUUUGCUGGCACUCAAUAAAAGUAAGAAAUGCAAAAAGUGUUCCGCCUUUUUUUAUUACGUGAAUAUUUGCUACAAAUUUUUAUAUAUUGUCACAAAUAACAAUAAUACGACUUAAACAGUAGACUGAGAAUAUAUUAUAUUUAAGAGCUAUGCGAACAUGGAUAGUCCUUUCUGUUGAAGGUUACCCGGGCUGUCUGGGGUUUUGACAUUUCUACAUAUAUAACCGGACCCCAGUUAAAAUACAGAUCCUAUUUUGUGUAUUCUAGGGUCUUUAUAAUU